AGUUCAGGAGAUCAGAGGCAAAGCAGCAGUUGCCUCUCUUCUGGGAAACCAGAUGACCCUCUUCAAAGUGAUAAUGUAAACAGCUAGCAACUGCUGGAAUCGUGGGAGUCUGAAGUAAAACCUGAAGAAUUCUCCUGCAGGAUAACUGUAAAAACGCCCAGCGCUAGUGCUGGUUACAACGUGACAACAUAUGAGGACUCUGCUAGCCAGACCGCUACCUCAGCACUGAGUAAAGUGAACCACACACUAACCACUACAUCUCCAACAUGGAGGCCAUCCAAAGACAACCACAGUAGGGACUACAGCCAGCUCCUCCACUUAGAUCCCUGAGGAAGUGUAGGAGGCCGUGCAGUGAAGACAUGAGUUUGGUGGAUGUGAGGCAGACGGCAGGGUCUCUCACCCUGUCCCUGAACACCAACGACCCCAAGGAGCGCUACCUCAACCGCAUAGACGAGAAUGACCCAGAGUACCUCCGCAGCAGGAACAUGUCGCCUGACCUGAGGCAGGACUUUAACAUGAUGGAGCAGAAGAAGAGGGUCACCCAGAUCCUGCAGAGUCCGGUGUUUAAAGAUGAGUUAGAAGGGCUGAUUCAGGACCAGAUGACGAAGGGCAACAACCCUACAGGUCUCCUGGCUCUGAGACAGAUUGCUGACCUGGUCAUGGCCAGCACUGUGGGAGGGGCUGGCCCCUUGACUUCACCCAUCAGCGUUGGGAUGGUGACUCCAGUCAAUGACUUGUAUGGCAUUGAGUCCCCCUCCUUUGCCAAAGGGGAGAAACAGAGUCGCUGCAGGCUGGCCAGCCUCUACAGGCUUGUUGACCUCUUCAGCUGGGCUCGUUUUACAAGCUCCUACAUUACUGUGCGUGUCAGUAAAGAACAGGACCAUGUCCUUAUCAGUCCACGAGGUCUGUCUUUUGCUGAAGUGACGGCAGCAAAUUUGGUGAAAGUAAACAUAAUUGGUGAAGUGGUGGACCAGGGUUCGACUGAUAUGGGCAUCGACCUCUUUGGGUUUGCUCCUCAUUCUGCCAUUUACUCAAUGCGCCCUGAUGUGAGAUGCAUCAUCCACAUACAUACCCCCGCCACAGCUGCUGUGUCCUCGAUGAAAUGUGGAAUCCUGCCCAUUUCCCAGGAGGCUUUGCUUCUGGGAGACGUGAGCUGCUUUGGUUACCAUGGCAGCCUGGAUAAUAAAGAAGAGAAGGUGGAGUUUCAGAAAGCUCUGGGCCCGACUGCCAAGGUGAUGAUCCUGAGGAACCAUGGGCUGCUUGCUUUGGGAGAAACAGUAGAGGAGGCUUUUCACUAUGUGUACCACUCACAGCAGGCUUGUGAAAUCCAGGUGAAUGUUUUGAGAUGUUCAGGCGUGGACGACCUUGUGCUUCUGGAUAGAGAGAAGUUUAAACCCAAGACCCAGGGAGUGGCCGCUGCUGGGCAUGUGAUGGACAAUGAGGUCAAGUGGAAAGUGGGCGAGGCCGAGCUAGAGUCCCUCAUGAGGAUGCUGGACAACCUGGGAUACAGAACAGGCUACUCUUACAGGAACCCCAUUGUCCGUGAAAAACCCCGCUCUAAGAAUGACGUGGAGAUCCCCGCCACAGUUUCAGCUGUGCCACCAGAGGACGAUGAGUUGGGUCUGCGGAGCCCGUUCAAGUUUAUGGUGCAGAAACAGCAGAGAGAAAGGACCCGGUGGCUCAACUCGCCCAACAGCUACUUGCGGGUCAAUGUUCCUGAACAUUCACACAGCGGGGAUGUCAGCCCCAGGACCAAGACCAUGUGGAUGAAGUCUUCAGAGCCAGGCAAUAGCAUGGGCACACCAAUAAAGAUUGAGGACCCAAACCAGUUUGUCCCACUCAACACUGAUCCCACAGAGGUUUUGGAUAAGAGGAACAGGAUAAAAGAGCAGCACAGAGGUGACCUGAUGACAGCUGGACCAAAAUCUCAGUUACUAGCAGGCAUUGUUGUGGACACCGUGAAAGGACCAGCUUUCAUCAUCGAGGACGAGGAGCAGAUUCGCUCUCUUCCGCCCAACCCUUUCAAUGAGCUCACAGACACGGUGCUGGAGGAAUACAAGAGCCUGGUAGAAAGAAGGCAGCAAGGCCACGAAGAGGAUGAUGAUGCCACUGAUGCAGAUGAGAUGACAACCUUUGAUGGCUCCACUAUCUCCCUGUCCCUCUCUCCCAUAAUGACGCCAGCUAAACAAGACACAAUACCCAAUGGGAAAGACCACUUGGAUGAGACGGACGAGGAUCUGAGCAUCGAGGUAUCCAAGAUGAGUGUGAGCACUUCGGAUACAGUGGAUAUCUCCAUUUCAUCUCAGGAGAAGGUGGGGGAGGCUCAGACCCCAGAGAGCCAAACCAAGUCUCCCAAGAAGAAGAAAAAGACAUUUCGCACACCUUCAUUUUUGAAAAAGAGCAAGAAAAAGAAGGAAAAGAAAGAAAAAACAGAAGCCUGAAGGCAUUUACUGUAAAAAAAAAUUUUUUUAAAAAACAAUUAAUUUUUUGCAAGGAAAACAUCUGAAAUGCCUUCUUAAUUUUCAGCUUGUUGAAGGAAAGUGAAAUAAGAGAAAAGACUAUCAUCUAGUCAGAAAGUCUCCAAGGACGGUGUUGUUUUCACACAGUUUCCUUCAUUCACAGCUAUUAUUUCAUGUGAAAGUUUUUCCGAGAUGUGCCAGCAGAUGGUAAUAUGGGAGGUUUUUUUUUUUUUAGAAUUUGUGAUUGACCACUCCCGAGGGGCUCACUAAAACAAAAUCUAAUGAAACGUGAACACAAAACUGCAUAUUUGUGGUUGUUAUUACCCAUAUUUUUAAUGGGGUUUAGAACAAAAGGUGAUGAAAACAUCAGAUAACAGAUGAGUAUUUGUGAUUUUUUUUUCUUUUUGCACAAGUUCAUUGUUGAAUGUAUACUGAAAGCUAAGAAAACUGUGUAAACAAUUUUAAAAUGUAACAAUCACACUAAUAAUGUAACAGUUGCUGAAGAUUAUUCAACGUUCAACCUUGUAAGAAGUACGAUUUGUAUCUGAACGUAUUCAUUAUACUAUCUUGUAAUAAUAUAUGUUGGUUUAUAUCAUAGGUAUGACAAUAUAGUGUUUGAUAGUUAAAUAACUAAUUUGAUAGUCUUUAUGUAUUUACUUUACAUACUAACUCUUACACAAAACAUGCUGUGAUUGAAAAUUCAGUAAUAAUUCAUAUUGUUUUAACAUUCAUGUCAGUGGUGUUGUUCCCAUGGUUGCUGCUUUAUUGUAAUGGUGACGAGGAAUGGACUGUGACUAACAGAAAGAAACCAGCAAAGUGAUGAUUCUUGCAUAUUGAUGUUUAUGAGUGACAAUAUUUGACUGAUUGCUUGGAUGUUGAAGAUGAAAGUGCCAAGCCUGAAUUGCAGAAAGUUGAAAGUGAUUAAUGUUUUGACAAAUUUUUAUCAGUUGAUGGCAAUAUGCUGUGGAAAGCUUGUCUUCAUAGCCAAUAUUAGAGUUCAAUAUGAAGUAUAUUAGAGGACCAUAUAUUUACAUCCCAGUCCAAAAUGUGAAUGUUUGUUUUGACCCAAAGGGAGUGACUCUUUGCCAAUGUAAAUAGUUUGUUUUUGUGCUUUGUUAUGCUAAACCAAAUGUUGAACAACGAAAUAUAGAAAUGUGACAGUACAAUCUAAUAAUAUUUUAACACUUCUUUUAUCGCAUUUUUUUAUUCACCUUAAGUAAGCUCCCUAUUUAGAGACAAUGCACAGUGCAUUGUGUUUACAAAUUGUACUACUUAGGUCAUUUGUGUGCCUAGUGCUUGUAUUUCCUGCAUUGUUUACACUGCUGCCUGUGCCGCCUGGAUUUUCUCCACGGUGUUUUACGUAACAGUCGCCUUCCCUGAAAGUCAGUCCUUUUAAAAUUGCCCUCCGCCUGAUGUAAUAAAAGCUUGGAUAUGUUUCCAUAAAUGUUUUA